UGACGAUGCUCUAAAGAACUAUGCACGCGGGAACUAUGUGCCUGACCGAGGAAGGGGCACGGGGCGAUUCCUCGAGGGCGAGUGAUGUUGUUGAAUGGUGAGCGCAUAGGUGAAUGAAGCUUCAAUGGAAGAGGCAAGGAUGCGCGCGACGGCGCACGCGCCACACCCCCGCCUUCAAUUAAAACAUCUCAGGGUUCGUCUGAGUGCGAGCGAAGAUGGCGACAGAGUGAAGGAGACCACGGGAAGAUGACGAGCCCCCUACAGACAAACAGAUACCGCUCUUCAACCCGCUGCCUCCGAGAUGCCCGCGAAUGAGUGAGAUUCGGUAGGGUACGAUGUGUUGUCAAGGCGAUGCGGGGUAGCUGAUAUGGAGUCACGCGGCAUGUGCUUUAUCAUGCACUGUCUCCGUUAUUCAGACGCAGGUGUCUUCGGCGCAGAUUCAUUUUGAACAUCAGGUGAAAGAGAUGCUUCGGGCCAUCAUGUAACCGUCGCGGUGGGCAACGUCACGGGGGAAAUAUUGCGGAGGAUACCCGCCCGUGUGAGCUCGCGCCUUUGUCUCCCCCUAUAAAAUAUGGUCACGGGCGCCCGGCGGUGUGGAAGGAAACUUGACGCCGAGGGAGAAACCUGCUGCCCGACCGAACCGAUCGACGAACCGUGCGCGGAGCCCGAGAAGGUGCAUAGAUGGCGCGUGAGCCUCGCGUCGCUGCUCUUUUUCACAGCGCUCUUGUCCGAUCAACUUUGGCUCUGCGCGGGAGGCAAGCCGCGUUCGCGAGACCGGACUCACCGUCGAACGUGGAGCAACGCGAGUCACGACGCCCAGACGGGCCUGCGCGAUGAGGACUGCGGGGUUCUCUUGAGCAACCUGACGGAAAACAGACCGGAGUGCGUGGACGCUGACGCGCGUCGCCGCGAGCCCCUGGAGUCCGCGUGCUCUACGCUUUACCGGCAGAAAAACAGCUCGGUGAGCUCCUCCUAUUCUGUGCCGGUGCCCACGGUGUCGCCGCACGCGGUUUUAGAGUACUUCCGGAACUUUAGCUUGUCGUUUUGCGACGUGAUAACAAUAGCGGACCUGCUUGAGAACAUGGCCAGUCCGAAAGGACUGAACUGCAGCCUUGGCAAUGUCAUUCGUGACCUGUUCAGCGGCGGACCGGAGGACGGGGACGUGUGUAGUGCUUGUGUUCACGAGUACGUCCUGCUCGACCAACAUGCUCAGGAAAAAUAUGAAGACUUUGACAACCUUACGCGCAAAUACAUGGCGGAUGACUACUCAGUGCGCGCGGAAACGCACCUGUGCCAGGCAGUGUAUAAAGCCUGGCUUUGUGCGGAGUUUUUUCCGGUUCCCCAGCGGCAGUGCGAAAGGUGGCUCCCAUGCAAACACUACUGUGGUGAGGUCACAGCCAGCUGCCCCUUCAUCCUACCUGACAAUGACCGUCUGCUGUAUGCUGGCCUGCCCAGCUUUCUCUGCGCAGGGUUGCAAGAGGAGUACUUCACCAGUCAGGGUCCAGAGUGCUGUGAUGUCAGAUGGAACGGGUGUGACUCGGCCGUAGGGGCUGCGUGCGCCUUGUCACGCCUCCCGGGCUCGUUUUCUUUGCAUAGGAGGUUAUCUUCAGGAGCAGUGUCGUAUACAAAUCGUCUUCACGGCAGUAAAUUAAAACUGUGUGUUCUUGUUCUCUUCUUAUUACACACUGUCAUCUCCAUAACAACUUUGCAGCAUUGCAAUACUGGCUCCUUGGAGAACAUAGUACCUUUAGAAGACGUUCCUGUCAGAGAGGAGUGAAAAACUGUAACGGCUCUCUCUUCGUUGGAAGACGCACAUGAUAUAAAUGUGUUUUUCGUCUGCCGUACAUGAGACGACUCGUGCCAAAUGCCUGGAAAACGCGGAAAGUCUCACCACUGCCGAAGUUUGUCAGUGCUUGUCUUUGAGAGUUAGUACAUCUGGCCUGAUCAGAGCACAUGCGUGUGUGUCCGUGUGUGUGCACGUCACUGUGUUUGUUUGAUCAAGAGCGUGUUUUUAACCGUUUCUCGAUGGUUCUCUUGUUUUAUUAGGAUUAACCCCAUAUGUUAUACGAGAAUGACAAUCUUGUUUUGUUUUAGACAACGUUCUUGAGAACAACAGUGAAUGUAGGAAGAAUGUAUGGGCGACAUUGUUACAUUUCUCCUCUAAUAAAAAAUACAUUAAUUAAGGCAUUUGUCAUAUUAAGUUGCGUUUUUUCCGCUGUGCCUGCCCUUUUGUAUAUUUUCAGUGGCCAUGAGAAUUUUGUGUUUAGGUUGACGUGUGUGUGCUUAUCUGGACACUUAAUGACCUCCUGACUAGAUGUGUAUGUGUGGUACGGGUUAAAGAUGGUUGCUAAACUUUAUACCGUCUGAAUUUAGAGCAUUUUCUGCAGGCGUUUUAGCCACACCGUGUUCUUUUAUACUUCCUUGAACGGUAUUAUUUUCUGUUUUAUGCUUGUUCGAAGUGUUGAUGUGAAGGCUUCCACACACUGCUGUAGCCAACACCUAUUAACGCCUCUCGUACUUACUGAAUGAAUUUUAUGUCGGUCUCGAUGCUUCGAGGCUAUUGAAGGGGCUUUGGUAGUUACCAUUUAGCAGAUGCUUUUCUUCCAAAACAACUCGCAGCGCACUAAUUGGAAAAAUAUUGUGGGAAAAACUUCGGAAACGUUACAAAUUCGCUCCAUGUGCUUUGUCACGGUUCUACAAACUCGCCAAUAAACAACAUGAAAACAAGUUUAAAGCAAUCACUUAAGCAGGGUGGCUUUUGGGCACUUUGAAUAAUGUUACAGAAGUUCAUAUGAACGGUUUCAUACACUUUGUCUAUUUAUGUAUUUAGCAAAUGAUUUUAUCCAAUGUUGCUUACAAGUGCAUUAGUUAAGGCACGUUUUUCAGUUUGUGUGUUCAAUGGGAAUCAAUUCCAUGACCUUGGCAUCGCUAGUGCUACGUUUCUCCAGAGAUACAGGAACGCCUUCUACAGAAAGCAUUGUAUUACUGAAUAUCGCAUAUAUUUCUUAUAGAUACAGUUUCAAGGCCAUGAACACUCUCCUGAUUCAGUUUGGGCCUACAGCAAUAACAGAAACACCAAACAAUGGGGGCAACAGACUGACUGCUUUUGUCAUUGUCAUCCGACUACAGCUAUUAUUAGAGAAUAUAAACGUACAUUCGGGUCGUUUCAUUUUUAGUCGAAACAUUUUCUUUUAAUAGGGAUGCAAAACCCGCAUGCUUGUGUCAAGUGACAUCUCAAUCGGAUUCUGUUUUCUGUGUGUGUAAAACUGUCUCUCAAGAUUCUCUGUCAUGCAGUUCAUUGCUGAAUGUCAGCUGGACUUUUUCCAUUUGCUGAAAACGUUCUGUCACUCAUCUCAGUGUCCUCGAUUUUGUGUGUAAGCAGUGUGUUGAAGACUGAGAUAAAGCGUGUGAAUCACUGAAUCUGAUAUCAUACCGCUCGCUUCUGUAGGAGAGAUUUUGGGCCUUUUUUCAGAGUUUAUCUGCUCCGAGAUCUGAACUCCCACCCUGAUGUUCUGCAUGAGCGCUGACAGUUUCUCUGAUGACAGUUCUCUAUGUAUGGACAUUACGUCUGUACUGUGGCAACAUA